AUGUUACACAUCAAAUACUUAUUCCUCGCCCUUACUGGUGUCAUUGCUAGCCCUUUAGCUGCUCGAGAUGACCUCACAGCGACGGUUGAUCUCUCUAAAACCCGUGGUGAUCCACAAAAUGUAGCCUCUGGGUUCAUCUAUGGAAUUCCGGACAACUAUCCCAAUCAGAUACCUGAUCAUUGGUACACAGACAUUGGCUUCCGUUAUGCCCGUACCGGAGGUGCUCAACUGGGCGCUCCUUCACGAGGUUGGCUUUGGGGCGAGUUUGAAGGCCGACUGCAAUACUCCUACAUAGCUCAGCAACUAAUGGCCUGUGCAGGAGCAAAUUCUUCAACUCUGUGGCCGGGCGAUAAUGGCAACUGGGUUGACUUUGAUAAAUACUUGGCUACCCUUCUCGACGCACUCGUCGACAAUGAUAUGCUCGAUGGUCUGGUCAUUGACAUCUGGAACGAGCCGGAGCUGUCUGUUUUCUGGCAAAGAUCUCUCCAGCAAUAUGUAGAUCUGUAUAUCAGAACGCAUAAGACUAUUCGCGCCGAUUCACGCUUCAAAAACGUGAAGAUUAGCGGACCAAGUAUGGCAACUGCACCGGUCAAUACUAACGUUUGGUGGACAACAUGGCUUUCUCAGAUUGCCGGGAAUAACACAGUACCAGACCAGUGGUCAUAUCACUUGGAGAGAGGUGUAUCAGACGUGACAAACGAUCCCCAGUAUACAAAUGCUUCACUUGCUGGAUUGCUCAAAACACAUGGCCUACCCGAGCGUGAAGUCAACAUUAACGAGUACGCCGUCUUCGACGAGAUGCACCCAUCUGGCUAUGUUUGGUGGAUCGCUCGCCUAGAACGCUACAACUUCCUUGGGCUUUUGGGCAAUUGGCUUUCCGGCUCCACUCUGCAUGACCUCUUCGCCAACCUCAUCACCAAAACUCGUAACCCGUACAGCUACGCAGCCACUGAUUACGUAGCUGCUCCCGGUUACUGGGUAUAUCGUUAUUACGCCACGAACAUGACUGGUGAGAGACUCUCGACUACAGGUAGUACAGACAAUCUUCUUGAUGUAUACGCCACCAAGGACGACAGCACAGUUCGCUUGCUUGUUGGCUCCCGCGUCGCUUCCGGAACCUGGAGUGUAUCAGUCACCGGUUUGAGUGCUAUUGGUUAUGGCACAUCCGGCUCUGUGAGCAUCAACACUUGGGGUUUCGACGGUACGGACGCUUUUGCUCCACAGGCUGCGCCGAGUUUCCGAAACACCGUUUCACACACUUUCACAGAUAACACCUUGACGUUUCCAAUUUACCAGACAGAUACCACCACGGCGUGGGCAUUCGAAUUUUCUGUUAAAUAAAUUGAUGAGGGGUCUGCGAGGGGCAUAUAUCUAGG